UUUAAUCUUCCGGUGAUUGAGUGCACAAUCUGUAAAAUAAAAUAAGGAGUCGCUGUAGCAAAUGACAAUUAUUUAUUGAUUCGCCGUAUGACACGCUCACCGACAACCGUCACUGUCGGUAGCGCACGCGCCGGUUACUUGAUUCUCUCAUAAUAAUUUCUAAUAUAAGUGUAAAUCUUAAUUUAAAAACAUAUUUUUAUAACAAAUAAAUAUAUAAAAGACUGAAAUAUUUUGAAUUAAGUGAACCUGUUAAAAACGACUGAUAAAUUAAACCUGUAAAAAUGCAGCAAAAUAAGGAAAAUGCUGAUGUGUACAUGGGACCUCGCACGGGUAUCCUAAAAGGAACUAAAAACGUAACGGUCGAGUUCCCGGCAAGCAACAAUUUAGAAAAAAAUAUUGACGACGACGACGUGAUAAAGAAGUUGUCAUGGUAUAAUUCUCCGGCGACCACGAGUAUCUUUCACUACUUCACAUUAUUUAUAUUAGGGAUAUUGACGUGGGGUCUGCUAUGGCUGACGUGGGGAGACAACUGGCGAUGGGACGGCUCGUGGUUCAGGAUAGCCGCGGUGGGCGCCGUCGCGUGGGCGAGUGGACGAGUCCUGCACGCCACCACCACUCUCCCGCCACUUCUAGGAGCCCUGCUAACAGGAAUAUUCGCUCGCAACCUGGGAAUUCUCGACAUGCGAGAUUUUACUGUGAUCGAUGUUUCUCUAAGGAGAAUCUACCCAGUGUUGAUCCUGGGUAAGGGCUCGCUGGGGUGGGACGUGAACUACAUGAGAAGACAUUGGCGACGAGUGGCGGGCCUGGGAGCGAUGCCGUGGACGGCGGAGGUCCUCACAGUUACCGUCCUCACUCGCUUCCUACUGGGCUUCCCUUGGAUAUGGGGUUUGCUACUAGGUUCAAUAUACGCGUCGGCAUCUUGUCCGGUGAUCAUGCCGUCGGUGGUGCGAGCCAGCGCAGGCGCAAGUGCGCACCGCAAUUGGCCGCAACUAGUGUGCACGGCGGGCGGCGCCGACACCGCGCUCAGCGUCGGCGUCUUUGGACUAGUGUCCAGCUUUAUGUUCAGCGAUACUGACGACGAUAUGAGAUAUGUCAGAGCUGCGUUGACAAUGUUCCUGGGCGUUAUGCUGGGCGUCGCGUGGGGCUACCUUGCCGGCCUGCUGCCGCACUCCAAGGACCGCUACCUCACCGAGAUCCGGAUACUCUUCGUGCUGCUCAGCGGACUGUUUGGGCACGUCUUCACAAUGCACUACGGAUGGGGUGGCACCGGUGCUGUAGCGGUGUUGUCUUGCAACGCGACGGCGGCGACGUUCUGGGCUCGCACCGGGUGGCGACUCAACAACAACCCUGCGUCCACGGCGUACCGAGUCCUCUGGGCCGCGGCUGAACCGCUCGUCUUCGCCUACUCGGGCACAUUUUUUGUGAUGAGUCCAGCAACAGGGCGGACCCUGCUGUACGGGCUGGCGAUCCUGGCGGCCUGUCUGACAGUCAGGCUGACAGUCGCCGCGCUCGUCUGUUGGGAUAUGAGCCUCAAGGAGAAGAUCUUCGUGUGCUGUGCGUGGACACCCAAGUCCUUUGUAGAGGCAGUCCUUGGCCCGGUGGCUAUCAACACAUUCCUGCUAUCUUCAAGUUACUCCAAACAAGAGAUGGGCUAUGCAGAUGACCUGUUGCGGCUAAUCAUUCAGGCCAUUCUAAUCACCACGCCUAUUGGCUUCCUGCUUACGCACUACCUCGGCCCGUGGCUACUGAAAGAGAAAAAAAAUAAUAUUGAUUUCGAGACGCACCGAAGAAAAUCUUCUACAAAAUCUCAAAUUGAAGAUGUAAGAUUGUAAAUAAUAAAUAUAUUUUAAAUGUGCAAUUUAACUUCUGCAAGGAUCAAAUGAAAGUCGAGGAGAGCGCGGAGCCCGGCUAUUAGGACCGAAGCUUUAAUUAAUGUAAACUUUUUUAUCUUUAGUCAGAUAGAAAAAUAAUAUUUAAAACCCGUGAUAUAAUUAUAUAAUAUAUAUAUAGCAAGAAUGAGAGAGUCAAGAGAAGUACAAAAGUCACGUCUGUGGGUAGAUGUAAUUUGAUGUAUGAUUUGAAGUUCAGUCAGUAUGUCAGUCACUUUGAAAGGUAUUAAAUUUAAAAACCAAAGGUAAAAAAUUGUAUUUGUUAAAGAUGGAAGAUAUAAUAUUAAAAGAACCCUUGAGAGUAGCAAAAUGCAAUAUCUUCAAAGCAACAAUUUCAAAGAUACUUAAGUAGGCCUCAAUAAUAUACCUUUCAAUUAAUGUUCUCGAGUAUUUUAUGCUAGAAAAAAAUGUACUAAGUAUUGAUGAAUUCUUUUUCGUAAAGGUCUUUUGUGUAAGUAGAUACCUAUUGAAUAUGAAAUUCGUAUCUGUGACGUGUAAGGACUAAGUCCAAUACUAUUUUGUAUCUAGUUUAUAUGGUAAUAAAGAUGAAUAUACUCAAAAGAA